UUUCCUGUACCAACUCCCUCCGCCCAACAGACCGGAGGAGUCACUGCGUUCUCCUCUCUCUCUCCAACACUUCCCGAUAACACCUUCCCGCCUCUAUAUAUAUAUAUACACACUCACAUACAUUGAUACACACAGAAGUCUAGAUCAACACAGAAAGCAACAACGUAACAGAGAGAUGGCAACAGUGAAGAGGAUCAAGUUGGGUUCACAAGGUCUAGAGGUAUCAGCUCAGGGACUGGGCUGUAUGGGCAUGUCCGCCUUCUACGGCCCUCCGAAGCCGGACCAAGACAUGAUCGCUCUCAUCUACCACGCCGUCAACGCCGGCGUCACCUUCCUCGACACCUCCGACGUCUACGGCCCUCACACCAACGAAAUCCUUCUCGGCAAGGCAUUGAAGGGAGGGAUGAGAGAGAAGGUGGAAUUGGCAACGAAGUUCGGGAUCAGCCUUGUGGAUGGGAAGAGGGAAAUAAAGGGCGAUCCUGCCUAUGUAAGAGCUGCUUGUGAAGCCAGCUUGAAGAGGCUUGACAUCGAUUGCAUUGAUCUCUAUUACCAGCAUCGAAUCGACACUCGCCUCCCUAUUGAAGUCACGAUGGGAGAACUCAAGAAACUGGUUGAAGAGGGUAAAAUAAAAUAUAUAGGUCUAUCUGAGGCAUCAGCUUCAACGAUCAGAAGGGCGCAUGCUGUUCAUCCAGUAACAGCUGUACAGCUGGAGUGGUCCCUGUGGUCAAGAGAUGUGGAGAAAGAAAUAAUUCCUACUUGCAGGGAACUUGGCAUUGGGAUUGUUGCGUACAGUCCUCUAGGACGCGGAUUCUUUUCAUCUGGUCCGAAGUUGGCGGAGAACUUGUCAAAUGAGGACUUCCGAAAGUAUCUUCCGAGGUUCCAAGCUGAGAAUCUUGUGCAGAACAAAAAUAUAUUCGAGCGGGUUUGUGAAAUGGCAGCAAGGAAGCAAUGCACCACGUCCCAGCUAGCAUUAGCCUGGGUCCAUCACCAAGGGAAUGAUGUGUGUCCGAUACCCGGUACCACCAAGAUUGAGAACCUCAAGCAGAACAUCGGGGCUUUGUCUGUAAAACUAACACCUGAAGAAAUGGCAGAACUCGAAGCCGUUGCUUCAGCUGAUGCAGUUAAGGGUGAUAGAUAUGCGUCGAUGGUGGGUACUUGGGAGAAUUCAGACACUCCACCCUUGUCCUCAUGGAAUGCUUAAAAAUGACAUGCCUGCAACUCUGCAAAUAGUCUCCAUGGUUCAAGAACAACUGUGUGGUUGGUCUGCUUUGGGACUUGGGAGUGUAUUAAAACUGUGACUGGUUCCUGCAUUGCCUCGUAUAAUUCUGAUUUUAUGAAGAAAAUAGGAGUCUAAAGAAGUAGAAGAGUCUUUGGCUUGUAAUAGUAUAUCAUACAUGGUUGUAAAGUUGCUUAAUCUGGAGAAAUAAUGGCCUGUAUACUGGUAUGGAAUAAAAAAUAAAUAAAAUUCUAGAUUUUGUCAGUUUUACAAAA